GCCAGCUCUCUCUGGGGACAAGCUGCCAUGGGACUGAGGUGCGGCAUGAGGACCACCAAGUGCCAGCUGCUGGUGACCAGCCUCUGUGUCAUGCUGCUGGGGCUCUCCAUUGCCACACUGAGCACAGUCACCCACUAUGGGCUCCGUUUCACCCUCAUCAGCAACAUCUCCCUGGACAGCAAUGCCUACAGGGCCAUCCACCACACAGCUUUCUACUUUGGGAUCUGCCUGAGCAUGACGCUGAUCCUGGCAGCCCUGCUGAGCUCCGCCGCCACGGUGCGGGAAUCGCAGUGCCUCACCGCCAUGGGAUUUUUCUGUUUUGCUUUGGCCUUUUGUGGAUUGAUCCCAGCUGCCUGCUGGAGAUACACACACAGCACGGAGGUGGAAGACAGCAUGAUGGAUGUGUAUGAUUUUGUGUACGAGGAGGUGAGGAGGAACACCUCCAGCUCCAGGAGGCACGAACUGACUGCCAUCCAUGAAGCAUUCCUGUGCUGUGGGAAGCACUCUCCUUUUGGGGACACAAGCAAUGUUGAGAACGAGAUGUGCCCACCCAGCCAAGUGCACAAUGAAGGACAGGACUGCCUGCGAGAGAUCCAGGACUUUCUGAAGAAGCACAUGGACUUUGUCUUCUCGCUUCUGGGCAUCGCCAUUGGCUUCACGGUUUAUGGGAUGAUCCUAACUUCGUUCCUCUGGUUCUCCAUCCACUUCAGCAGCAACCUGUACCGGAAAGGCAAAUAUAUCCUACGGGAGAGGUAGAAACCUGAUGCCUGGGCAUCCCUACCAGGCAGAGCCAGCUCUUGGCACAGGAAGAUGUCUGAAGUCACCCACAAAAUGCCCUGGAAAGGUAUUGCGUGGAGUCAGGUGGUGGGAUGUGUGUCACACAUUUCCCUUUCCUGCACUACUUCUGGGCUCAGAGAUGCAGAUUCCCUCGAUGGGAGAUGUACGGGCUGUGGCUCCACAAGGAGGACACAAAGAGUUCUUUACAACCAAAUGGAGAGAAAAGCCCAGCAGAAAUCACAGCAUUAAACCAAACUUCUCUCGUGUUGUCAUCUGAGUAGUUCCCUGUGACCCUCAAAAAUGCAGUGUUUCUAUGAGGAUGGCUUUGGAUCACAGCCCAGGAUCAAUGUUGCACUAUCAGUAAAUAAAUGACAGGGAGUAUGUCACCACUGAUGGAAAUGUGCUCUCCCAGCCUGGACACUUGCAAUGAUUAACUUUGGGCAUGUUUCUGAUCGUGCUGGGGUACAUAGGCAUCCAAUGACUGUCAGCUAGUUUUCCCAUUUUCAACCAUUGCCAGAUUUAUAGAACUUUUGGUAGAUAUCAGGACAAAAAAGUCAGAAGAAAGUGAAUGAACUUUGAAACAACUGACCAACAGAAGGACAUAUUUCUCUUUUAUUCCUCCUUGCUAAUGCAAUACAACUUUUUUUUUUUUUUUUAUUCUUAGGAUUUAGUCAGCCUCCUAAAUCUUGAUGCCAUACUGAUUUCACCGGCGCUUGUUAAGCUGCACCUUGCAUGUUGCGUCUAAUUCUGGGCCCCUUAAUUUAGGAAGGAUGUUGAGAUGCUCAAAAAUCUCCAGGGAAGGGCCAGAAGGAUGGUGAGGGGUCUAGAACACAAGCCUCUCUGUGAAGAGUGGCUGAGGGAGCUGAGGUUAUUUAGCCUGGAAAAAAGGAGCCUUGGGGUGAUCUUAUUCCUCUCUACAACUCUCUGAAAGGAGUUUGUAGCCAGGUGGUGGUCAGUCUCUUCUUCCAGGCAACCAGUGACAGGAUGAGAGGACACAGUCUUAAGCUGUGC